AUGUGCAGCUGACAGGGCUGGGAAAUGACCCUGUUGUCCCCAUGACCCUACUGCCCCCCAAUGACCCUGCUGCCCCUUGCUGGCACUGCCCUCAGCCCUCAUCCUACAGAUGACCACUGCCUGGGCUUUCCUGGAAACACCUGGGCCGCAGGUUGAUCCGGCAGGAAACAGCUCGCAUUGUGUGGCCCAGCUCUUCCUCACCUCUGCACUGGCCCGCAGCCUCUCAGGCGUCUUUACAUGGGCCGCACUGCUGAUCUCGGGGUACCAGAUCUACCUGCACCUGCGCUCCUACACGGUGCCCCAGGAGCAGCGCUACGUGGUCCGCCUGCUCCUCAUCGUGCCCGUUUAUGCCUUCGACUCCUGGCUCAGCCUCCUCCUCCUGGGAGACCACCAGUACUAUGUCUACCUGGACUCUGUGCGGGACUGCUAUGAAGCCUUUGUCAUCUACAGCUUCCUGAGCCUGUGCUUCCAGUACCUGGGUGGCGAGAGUGCCAUCAUGUCUGAGAUUCGAGGCAGGCCCAUUCAGUCCAGCUGCUUCUACGGCACCUGCUGCCUGGAUGGACGGGCCUAUUCUAUCGGGUUCCUGCGCUUCUGUAAGCAGGCCACACUGCAGUUCUGUGUUGUGAAGCCUGUCAUGGCUGUGACCACCAUCAUCUUGCAGGCUUUGGGCAGAUACCGCGACGGGGAUUUCAAUGUGCGAUCUGGCUACCUGUACAUCACCCUGGUCCACAACACCUCGGCCACCCUGGCGUUGUAUGCGCUGCUCCUGUUCUACGUAGCCGUACGGGACCUGCUGCGGCCCUUCGAACCCGAGCUCAAGUUCCUCACCAUCAAGGCGGUCAUCUUCCUAUCCUUCUGGCAGGGGCUGCUGCUGGCUAUCCUGGAACGCUGUGGACUCUUCUCUGAGGAAGAGGCGGACAGUAGACAUCUAGGCCCAGGUACACUGGCUGCUGGCUACCAGAACUUCCUCAUCUGCACUGAGAUGCUGCUGGCCGCCGUGGCACUGCGCUUCGCUUUCCCAAGUCAGGUGUACUCGGAGAAGAUGGACAAUCCAGCUCCCCUACAGAGCAUUUCCAGCGGCCUCAAGGAGACGGUGAGCCCCCGUGACAUCGUACAUGAUGUCAUUCACAACUUCUCUCCUGCGUACCAGUGCUACACACAGCAGUCCACGCACGAGGCCCCAGCACUUGGCCAGGGUCCGUGCCCUACGCCCUGCACCCAGCCCAGCCUGGCCAGUGGCCCUGGCAAAAGCCGGAAAAGUAACGUGGAGAAGUCGCUGAUUCCCUUGGAGGAACCAUAGUGGCUGUGGACAGGGCUGGCCGGCCCAGAGAUCCUGUUGCCAAAGUUGUCCUGCCCAUUCAGGGUUUGCUGACCCCUGCUGGGGACACACUGACUCCCUGGCCUUUGGGGAAGACAGGCCCCUACAGCUGGAUUUUGGGGUCCCUGUUGCAGAUCUAGCUCUGUGCCCUGUGGGAAC